AUGGACCAUCCUGAUAUAUCUGAUUUAAUGGCGCCGGCGGCAGGAAAUGUAGCCGUAGAUAAUGUGGCUGUUGACCAACCAGCUAACGUCCAAGUAGGUAAUGCAGUUGUAGGAGAAAAUCCUGAAAUUCAGGAGGAGCAUGCAGAUGAAGAGGAAGAAGACAAUGAAGAUGAUGAUGCAGCGAUUGAAGAUGCAGCUGAUGCAAACAAUGGAGCUCAAGAUGAUAUGAAUUGGAAUGCUUUGGAAUGGGAUAGAGCAGCAGAAGAGCUCACUUGGGAGAGGAUGCUGGGACUCGAUGGAUCUUUAGUCUUUUUGGAACAUGUCUUCUGGGUGGUAUCUCUGAAUACUCUUUUUAUUCUGGUUUUUGGAAUUGUCAUUUGCAUUACAAAUGUUGAAUUAGAAAUGUUUAAUCUUCAUUUAUCCCUUAACACAAAUAUCCAGGGAUUAGCAGCAAUCAUAAGGUUUCAACGGUCACGUCGCUUGUUGGGCAUCUGCUACAUUGUUGUUAAGGUUUCCUUGUUAGUGGUUGUGGAAAUUGGAGUGUUCCCUCUUAUAUGUGGUUGGUGGUUGGAUAUUUGCUCAUUGGAAAUGUUUGAUGCCACCUUGAAAGAUAGAGAAUUGAGUUUCCAGUCUGCACCUGGCACUACAAUGUUUCUUCAUUGGCUUGUUGGGAUGGUGUACGUGUUUUAUUUUGCAUCCUUCAUUCUGUUAUUAAGGGAGGUCUUAAGACCAGGAGUUUUGUGGUUUCUAAGAAAUUUGAAUGAUCCAGAUUUUAAUCCAGUCCAGGAAAUGAUACACCUGCCUAUUUACAGACAUCUCAGGAGAUUUAUUUUAUCAGUGAUUGUCUUUGGGUCAAUUGUACUACUUAUGUUAUGGCUUCCUAUACGUAUAAUCAAGACCCUGCUGCCUACUUUUUUACCAUAUAACGUGAUGUUGUACAGCGAUGCACCAGUGAGUGAGCUGUCUCUGGAGCUACUUCUUCUGCAGGUUGUCCUUCCAGCAUUGCUUGAACAAGGACACACAAGACAGUGGCUAAAGGGACUUGUAAGAGCGUGGACUGUAACAGCUGGCUACUUACUGUGGUUGAAGCAAGAAGAUGAGGAUGAUUUCGUCAGUGAAAAAAGCUUGGUCUGUUUUGAAGCUUGGUUCCCCUCAGAGUACAGUGAUUGUCUCAAUUUUGUUCCCUCCGCACACUUUAACCUAUUUGAAACUGUGUUAGAUGUGAAUCGAUAUGUGCGCAAGCUCACUCUACAGAAACACUUUUAUGGGAUGAGUGAUACAUCCAAUAGUGAUAUUUCUAAAGAAUUAGAGGCCAGAUGUGAUCAUGCAAAGAAGAAAAGCUCUUUCUACCCUGUACAUGCCCGUCCAAAAGCUUUGGACAUCUUUCAAAAAACAAUUGAGGAGAAACUCACUAUACUUAGUGAGAAAAAUUUAAAGAAAUCAAAUAACUCCUCUAAUUUAACAGCCAGUGAAAAAAAUGCAUUAAAAAGUUUGUCUGAUAAUGAAACAAUCCUCAUUAGACCAUCUGACAAAGGGGGCAAUGUCGUUGUUUUGAACAAAAAAGACUAUAUAGUGGAGGCUAGGAGGCAACUGGAUGAUAAAGAGGUAUAUAGCAAACUACAGAACAAUCCCACGAAGUUAUACAAACAUGAAUUGGGCAGUAAAUCUGAAGCAGAUUCCUUUUGUGAAUUCAUGAAUCACAAUGACGAUGGAAUCAGAUUUGUAGGAGAAAAUAAUGCAGAAACUAUUAAUUUCCUAGACUUAAAAAUCUCUGCCAAUAUGACAGAGAAUAAAAUUGAAACCAGUCUUUACAGAAAGCCCACUGCAGGCAACACACUGCUGUCAUUUAAAUCUUGCCAUCCCAAACAUGUACUUAAGGGCAUCCCUAAGGGGGAGUACAUUAGGGCUAGAAGAAAUUGUACCAAUGAAGAACAAUAUGAGGAAAACAGUAAUUUAAUCACCAAUAGAUUAAGACAAAGAGGCUACACUGAUGAUAUUCUAGAUGAAGCAAAAGAGAGUAUAAAAGACAUCCCUAGAGAACAUUUUCUCAAAUAUAAAAAGAAAGAAAAUCAAGUCAUGACUACUGCACCUAAAUUUAUAACCACCUACAGUACAGAUUACUACAAAAUCUGUGAUAUAAUAAGGGAAAGUGUUCCCAUUCUAUACACAGAUCCCAUUCUGAAGGAGAUAGUGCAGCAGGGAAUAAACUUUAUACCCAGGAGAGUUUUUACACAAAUGUGUUUUGGUUGUGUUAACUUCUGUUCAUUUUCAUAUUGUUUUCUAGUUGUCACACCUGAAAUGCAGAAUCUGGUGCAACGUCGAAUUUAUCCUUUUCUGUUGAUGGUAGUCAUUUUAAUGGGAAUUUUAUCCUUCCAGAUCAGGCAAUUUAAGCGCCUCUAUGAACACAUAAAAAAUGACAAGUAUCUUGUUGGGCAAAGACUGGUGAAUUAUGAACGCAAAUCUGGCAAAUCCAGCACAUCGACUCACUCUCCACAGACAACACAGGAAUAAUCAGGAAGAGUGAAGCCUGCCCUUUUCCACAGAACAUUUUUUGUUUUCCUUAACAGAUGUUUGAACCCCCUCUCUUUGGGAAGUUCAAAGGUAUCAUCUGUUGUACUGUUCCAUCUCCUGCAGGCAAGCCAGCCAAUUGAUUUUCUGUAUCUGGCUGUUAACUUGUCUGUUUUUCAUGAACUUGCUAUCUUGGUGCCGGAAGACUUAAAACAAAUAAACUGAAUGCAGCACCCUAUGAAUAUCUUAAUUGUAAAUCUCAAAAGAAACAAAUGUAUAUUAAUUUAUUAAAUCUAGUUGUCACUUUAAUUUUUUUUUUCUUCUUUGGACUUUUUUUCAAGGGAUAAUGCCAUUCAAACAUUUGCCCAAACAAAUGUCCUUUGCUUGACUAAUACCUGAGCUCCUCCCUGUUCAGAGUUCACUUGAUUUUACUUUUUUUGGAUCUACACCAGAAGUGAGAUUAAUCUGAGAAUCCAACCUCUUGUACAACCAGCAUAGCAAAUGAUAUGCAGAAGAAAUGUGAACAACUGAGCAAAAUAUACAAUACAUUGUUAAUUUUUA